AAUAUCAAGUCUAAUAAGAGAGGAGAAAAUAUGUCUGACAAAAAAUUGCCAGAACAUCCAGGGAAACGAGAGUGCGGCACCUAUCUUAUAACAGGAAACUGUAAUCUGAAAAAAAGGUGCAAAUACCAUCAGCCCAAGAAUAUAACCCCGAUAGAGCCUGGACUGACCCUCAAUGAAAAUGGCUUACCGUUAAGACCUAAUAAAGCCAUUUGUCCACAUUUCAGUCGCUUCGGCCUUUGCAAAUCCGGUCCAACUUGUAAAUUCGACCAUUCUUCCUCAUCCUCACGUAGCAAAUUGUGAAAAAUGAAACUGAAAUUCCCUAUCUUUCGUUCAGUUUGUUCUAAAUAAUACUAUAAUAUUUUAUUCACCAUUUGUAAUAAUAAUAUAUGAAAGAAUGCAAUGAUCAAGUUGAUCACCAUGGUUAUCAAAAAUGUUCAUUUCAUGUAACAAGAUUAGACUUUUUGUUUCGAUUUAAUGCAA